GGCUAAUCCAUUCUACUUAGCGUUUCUCCCCCACCCGAAGCCCAGAUGCUGCCCUCCCCACAGCUCGCCGCCCUCUCCAAAACAGCGGCCGCCGCCACUCGCCGCGCCGCCACGGCCGCCGCGAGUGUCGCGGCCCACGGGCUCCUCCUCCCGGUCCGCUCUCUUGCCCCUAACCCCGUAGCCCUAAGCUCUCUCAUCCCGCGCCGCCGCCUUCGCCACAUGCCAGAGGAGGACAGGACCCCCCGUGCCCCCCAGCCGCUGCUGGGCAGGAGCUUCGCGGUGGCCGCGUUGGCUGGAGGCGUGGAUGGUGAGGUUCCGGCGCUGCUGGUGGUUUCGUUCUACAGGUUCGCCGACUUCCCCGACCACGCCGCCUUCCGGCGGCCGCUCAAGGAGCUCUGCGAGGAUCUGAUCUUUGACAUUUCGAAGAAUUCAAGUCUUGGACCCAAGGAUACACACAGGCCCGCUGCCUCCGUUCUGACGGUAGCCAAGGGCAAGCUCGCAGCCAGCUUCUAUGGGCGUGUUUCAGGUGGCAUUAUCCUUGCACCAGAGGGAAUCAAUGGCAGCAUAUGUGGAACCCCGGUUGCUGUGGAGAAAGCCUUAAACUUUAUUCAAGAAGAUAACCGCUUAAAAGGUUUGAGAAUGAUCCAAUCACCUGUUACUCCAGAGGAUGAGGCCAUACAUCAUGGACAUAGCAGUCACUCUUCCGUUGGUGCUGGGGAAGAUGCGCCAUUCCGAUGGGAUCAUGUCCGUGUCAAAUUGAAAAAGGAGAUAGUGACUUUUGGAGACCCAGCUGUGAUGCCAACUAAAAUGGUUGGGAAAUAUGUUAAGCCGAAAGACUGGAAUGCAUUGAUAAGCGAUCCAGACACCGUUGUCAUUGAUGUGCGUAACAUGUAUGAGAUACGGAUAGGAAAAUUUAAGAGAGCUGUUGAUCCAUGUACAAACUCAUUCAGAGAGUUUCCUACUUGGGUUGAUCAAUUCCAAUUGGCUGAAUCUGACACCCAGGAGGCAGGGGUAAGUAAUGAUCAUGGAACUGACAGAUCAGCAGAAGAUCUCAAUGCCAGCAAAUCCAAACAGCUACCACGAGUUGCUAUGUACUGCACUGGUGGUAUCAGAUGUGAGAAGGCAUCAAGCUUUCUCCUCAGCAAGGGCUUUAAAGAGGUUUAUCAUUUGGAGGGCGGGAUAUUAAAAUACCUGGAGGAAAUCCCGAAGGCUGAAAGUCUGUGGGAUGGUGAAUGCUUUGUGUUUGACAAGCGUGUUUCAGUGCAGCAUGGAUUGGCCCAAGGCACCCACAAACUCUGUUAUGGAUGUAAGCAGCCAGUUAGCGAUGAAGAUAUGGAAUCUCCUGAAUGGGAGUAUGGUGUUUCUUGUCCAUACUGCUUCGCGACGAAAUCCGAGGAGGAGAAGGAAAGGGCCAGAGCUCGGCAACGGCAGUUUGAGACAUGGGGAGUCAUCGGUGGGCCUGAUAAGGGCAGGAGUCCCAAAAGGCUUGAGGCUCACCUUGCAGUGGAGGCCAAACAGUUGCCCAACUCAAUCUAACUUAAAACUGUGUGACUGAAAUUUUUUCGCUUACUUCCCGCUGAUUGUGGCAUUAUCUGCAAAGUGAGGGGGAUACCUCUGGAUUAGCAAUGCUUUUCCUUGGCUACUUUGUUCUGGCCCCUUUUAGUUAUUGCUUGUUUUCCUACCGAGACGCAAGCUGCAGCACUAUAUCAUGAUCUUUCCUGAUCUUAAAGUUUUGUUUGGAAGGGGUGAUGUUUGUACCAUCUGGUUGUAAAUUGUCACUGUACUGCUGCAACAGUAUGUUCAUUGCUGUGCGGAGCAAAAUGUAUGUUCCCUUAAACUCA